AUGGAUCCCAUAGACGUCAAGCCCAAAGUGGCUGACAGUGACACCAGCUCGGACAAGCUCAAGCACGAGUCUGCUGAGAAGGAUGGCGUAGAGGUCUCUAACGUCGGCUAUGUCCUUAAGAGCGACCGCGCCGAUGCCGAGUAUGCCGGUGAAGGUCCUGAGCCCGAGGAGGUUCAUGUCGUGCACAAUGCCGCCGACAUCGUGACGGAGAUUUUGACGCUCGAGGAUGACCCAACUCUCAGCCCUUGGACCUUCCGCAUGUGGUUCCUAGGCCUUGGACUCGCCGUUUUCGGUUCGGUUCUGCAGGAGAUCUUUUACUUUAAGCCUCAGGUCAUCUACGUGUCUCUUGUCUUCUUGACCGUCAUCGCCUAUGCUCUCGGUGAAUUCAUGUCUGCUGUCAUCCCAAGGAAAGGUCGCAUCGGCAAGCUUCUCAACCCCUUCCCUUUCAACCUGAAGGAGCACUCUGCCAUCACCCUAAUGGCUUCCGCUGGUACCCAGUCGGCUCUUGCUACCGAGGCUCUCGCCGCCCAGCAGCUCUUCUACGGUGGCUACCCUUCCAAGGCUGCCGGUAUCUUUUUGGUCAUGUCGUCGCAGCUUCUCGGUUUCACCGUCGCUGGUCUCCUUCGUAACGUCGUUGUGCGACCUGUACGCAUGCUUUGGCCUUCGAACCUGCCCCUCACCUCGCUUCUCGACACUUUCCACCGCAGCAAGGGUCCUAGCGCCAAGACUGUCAUCAAGAAGCGAAUGAAGCUCUUCUGGGUUGUCGCCGGCAUCAUGCUUGUCUGGGAAAUCUUCCCCGAGUACAUCUUCCCUGUCCUCGAGGGUGUCUCGGUCUUCUGUCUUGCCAAACAGGACAGCCAGGUCUUCACCAACCUCUUCGGUGGCGCCUCCGGUAACGAGGGUCUUGGUUUCCUCUCGAUCUGCUUCGACUGGCAGUACAUUGCUGGUCUUGGUUCCCCAAUGUGGCUCCCUCUCGAGACCAUGUUCAACAACCUGGUAGGCUACCUCGGCUGCAUCAUCCUCUUCAUGGGUCUCUACUAUGGCAACAUUUUCCGUUCGCAGGACUUCCCCUUCCUGUCGCAGGAGCUCUUCACUGGCGCCUCGAACGGCACCAACGCUUUCGUCUACAACCAGACGGCCAUCAUGACGCCCGAGUUCCUCAUCGACCAGGAUGCUCUGCACGCUCAGGGCAUCCCUUGGCUGACGGGCUCGUACCUCGGCUACCUGAUCACCUCGAACUUGGGUCUCACCGCUUGCUUCACCCACAUGUUGCUCUGGAACUACGACGACAUCAAGGCAGGAUGGGCUUGGGCCUACCCUUCAGAGCUCAAAAAGAUGUUCAGCCAGCCUAACUGGUACAAGUUCUGGCGCUUGAGCACCGAGGAGGAGCAGGCUGCUUGGGCUCAGGCCGCGCUGGAUGAUGACCGCAUCGACCCUCACUACAAGCUCAUGAUGAAGAACGGAUACAAGGAGACGCCCAUGUGGUGGUGGGGUGCUUCGCUCAUCGUCUCGUGGGUGGUCGGCAUCAUUUGCCUGUACGUCAUGAAGUCGACGCUUCCCUGGUGGGGCUUUGUCAUGAGCACCAUGUUCACGUUUGUGUUCAUGCUCUUCUUUGGUGCUCAGUCUGGUAUCACGGGUUUUGGCUUCAACUUGCAGCCCAUCUGCCAGAUGCUUGCCGGCUACCUCUUCCCCGGACGCCCCCUUGCCAACCUCUACUUUACUUGCUACACGUACAACACCAUGUCGAUGGGUCUCACGCUUGCGCGUGACUUGAAGCUGGGCCAGUACGUCCACUUGAGCCCGAUGUGCACCUUUGCCAUGCAGGUCAUUGGAUGUCUCGUCGGUGCUCUGAUGAACUGGGUCAUGAUGACGGACAUUGUUCAGAACCAAGCCACCAUCCUCAAGUCAGUCGAAGGUACCAACAUCUGGUCGGGUCAGAACAUCCAACAGUUCAACACGCUCGCCAUCGCAUGGUCUAUCGCCAAGGACAUGUUCUCGGUCGGUGCCAAGUACCAGUGGGUUACGCUUGCCUACCUCAUCGGAUUUGCCGUGCCCAUCCCCAUGUACCUGGGCAACAAGAUCUGGCCUCACCGUGCUUGGAGCUACUUCAACUUCUCGAUCAUCGCCUGGUACAUGGGCUGGCUCUUCGUCGGUAUCAACGCCUCGAUCACCAUGUACUUUGUCAUUGGUUUCUUCGCGCAGUUCUACCUACGAAAGUACCGCCCCAGGUGGUUCAACAAGUACAACUACAUCCUUUCGGCCGCCUUGGACGGUGGUACACAGACGAUCGUCUUCAUCCUCACUUUCGCCGUCUUCGGUGGUAGCGGAAAGGCUCGUCCCUUCCCUAUCUGGGCUGGAAACCCGGAUACGACUGUCCACAACCUGGACUACUGUCAGGUGUCCCCCAUCGUCGUUGGGUAA